UUCUCUCUUUCUCCAUAUUCGAAUCCUAUCCAGAAAUGGCGUCCCAAGUUCAUCUACAAAAGCAGAAGCAACCGAUACAACCGAUACAAAAUCCUCAGAUUAAGCAAUGGUCUAUAAAGGACUUCGAGAUCGGGAAACCACUCGGCAAAGGAAAAUUCGGCCGCGUCUAUCUCGCUCGCGAAGUUAAGAGCAAGUUCAUUGUGGCGCUGAAGGUAAUAUUCAAGCAACAGCUAGCCAAGUAUAGACUGCAGCAUCAACUGGUGAGAGAGAUGGAUAUUCAGACCAGUCUUCGACAUCCUAAUGUCCUCAGACUUUAUGGCUGGUUCCAAGAUGAAGAGAAAAUUUACUUGAUUCUAGAGUAUGCUCAUGGCGGUGAGCUAUAUGGAGUGCUCACCAGACAUGGCCAUCUUAGCGAGAAACAGGCUGCAACUUAUAUUGCAAGCCUUAGCAAAGCAUUGGCGUACUGCCAUGAGAACAGCGUGAUUCACAGAGAUAUCAAGCCAGAGAACUUAUUACUCGACCACGAGGGUCGCUUGAAGAUAGCAGAUUUUGGAUGGUCGGUGCAAUCCAUAAACAAGAGGCUUACAAUGUGUGGAACAUUGGAUUAUCUGGCUCCAGAAAUGGUAGAGAAGAAACCUCAUGACUAUUCUGUUGAUAAUUGGACAUUGGGUAUUCUUUGUUACGAGUUUUUGUAUGGCGUCCCACCAUUUGAGGCUGAAAGCCAGGCAGAUACAUUCAGAAGGAUUUUAAAGGUAGACCUCAGUUUCCCUUCUGAACCUGUCAUUUCAGGAGCAGCUAAAAACCUCAUUUGCCAGCUACUUGUGAAAGAUUCGUCUAAAAGAAUUUCUCUUCAAAAGAUCAUGGAGCACCCUUGGAUUAUUAAAAAUGCGGAUCCUUCAGGAACAUGCCCUGAACUAUUGGAUUCCAGUUCUCAAUGAGAUUAAGGAGACAUACUAAUUGUUCUUGCAGCGAUUAUAACUGAGAUGGAAGACGGCUAAACGUGGAAAAGUUCUAUGAGUUUGGAGAAUUGGGUUGAUGAAAAUUAACUUAGCUUCAUAAAGGGUGGAGAGAAAAACUCAAUUGUUAGUGGUAAGUGUAAUAUCAUCUUCUGCAUGAUAGAAUUGCAAAAAAGAUGGCAUAAUGACAAUAGUCCAGUGUUUGGUUAGGAAUUUUAAGUUAAUAUAUGGGCUCUAUAUAUAAAUAGACUACAAAUUUGAGCUUGUUUGAU